CAGAACGGUCCAUCAGAAGGAUACUGUCCACCGUGCGGGUUGCAUACCUGCAGGCACUCCAAUCAACCGGCCGUCUGGGUUGUUCGGCCCCUCUUUUCUCCCCCCCCACCCCCUCAAAUCCUGCUUUUUUGUUUCAAAAUCACGCUUUGGCCUUGGGGCGGCCUAUUUCAGCCAGUUUUUGUUUGUGAACCUGUGUGCUGUGAACAAAGGAUUUAUCCUUAUUUAUUUGUGAAACAGUGUGAGAAACUGCUGCAUCAUUCCCCCUCACAAAAUGGCAGUUUGUGCAUCCGUGUGUUUUGCAUCCCUGCCUUCCAGUGUGUGUGUGUGCGUGUGUGUGUGUGUGUGGUGUGAAGAAAGAAAUUCUUCUAUCAGACGCUGGAACCUUGGUUCAUCCGAAAGCCCAAAAGUCAUCGGUCGUCACAUGUUUUGUUUGUUCUGCUUUUCUCUACUCGCUUGUUCAAUUGUUCGUUGCAGCUUUUCCCUUUGAGCAGCGCAGCUUUUGCAGGGUGGAGGCUUAAGAUGAAGACGUCCAGCAUCCCCCGAUUUCCCCUCUGGGCCCACCUACAACCGGUGGGAAGGGGUGCAAUUCGACGGUUUCGAGCAGAGCGCAGACGUGUGCACCAAAGUGCAACUCUCUGCCGUGCUGUGCCCUUAUGUGUGUGUGUGUGGGAGCGGGCAACGCACAGCAGGAAUGCCAUUUUCGUCUAGACACGCCAUCACGCCCGUUGCAGUUGGUGCAGUUCGACGCCCGAGCCGAAAUUUGUCGACACGAUCAACACGUUUUAAAGUUCCAUUUUUUCGCAGCAAUUCCCACCUGGAGGACGUGCGGCCUGGCCCCCCGAACCCGGUUCGAACCAUCGGAACAACGCGCGUUACGAUUGCUGGCAGUGCUUCCGUCUGCUCCCCCCAGCAAACAAAUCGCAUUUUUUUCUUUCUUCUUUUACUAAUACACCAUCCCCUGUGGCACCCUUUUCGCUUUGCAGACGAGCCGGGCAAUGGGUCGUCCUCGUCCCGGGCCGGCUCGACCACGAUCCACCCGCUGUUCGGUGGGGGCGCCUGCCGCUGGCCCGGCUGCGAGCGCGUGUUCGACGAGUUCGACGACUUCUACAGCCAUCUGCACUCGGACCACAUCAACGGCGACUACUCGGCGGCCCAGGCCCGCAUCCAGAUGGAGGUCGUCUGCCAGCUGCACCUGCAGCUGCAGAAGGAGCGCGACCGGCUGCAGGCGAUGAUACUGCACCUGAACAAGAAGAACGAGAUGCUGCGGGCCACGCCGGCCGCCGCCCUGUUCGGCGGCUCCUUCCUGUCCCAGCUGCCGGCCAUACCGCCGCCGCCGCCGCCGCCCCCGCCACCGCCGGCACCAUCAACGCAGCCGCCAUCGUCCGGCUCGAGCGGCGCCCAGCCGGGAGGGAGCGUCACGCCCGUCGGGCCGUUCGAUCUGAUCGCCGGGCUGCGCUUUCCGGCCGAGCUGGCCGCCGACAUGGUGCAGGGUGCGUUCGGGGGCGUCCGGCUCACCCACCCGCAGCAUCACGUCGGGUUGGGCGGUGCGGCACAUCAUCUACACCAUCACCACGGUGCCCAGCAGCAGCAGCAGCAGCAGCAGCAGCAGCCGCAUCCCCAUCACCACCAUCAUCACCAGCCGGCGCUACAUUCGCUGUCACCGCCGGGUGCUGGGUCGCUAGGUGCGGCAACUGGUGGCACUGGCGGCACGAAGUCGUCCAAGGGCGGUGGAGCGGUCCGGCCCAAGUACUUCUCGCCCCAGGACAGCGACGAGCUGAACUAUCCGGACGUGCAGGACGAUGUCCACAAGAACAGGGAGUUCUACCGCAGCCACGACGUGCGUCCACCGUUCACGUACGCGUCACUGAUCCGCCAGGCCAUCAUAGAAUCGCCGGAGAAGCAGCUGACACUGAACGAAAUCUACAACUGGUUCCAGAACACGUUCUGCUACUUCCGGCGCAACGCGGCCACCUGGAAGAACGCGAUACGCACCAACCUGUCGCUGCACAAGUGCUUCGUCCGGUACGAGGACGACUUCGGCUCGUUCUGGAUGGUGGACGACCACGAGUUUCUCAAGCGGCGGCAUCUGUCCCGCGGCCGCCCCCGGAAGUACGACAUCUCGAUGCCUCCGCUGGCCGACCCGCCGGCAGCCGGUGCCGGCGGCCCGCUGCCGACGCCGGCCGGCCGCCCCACCGGCCCGGCGUCCGAGCAGGGGGACCGGGCCGGGUCGCUCCACUCGCCGGCGGACACGCUCGGACCGGACGGCGGUGGCGCCGGCGGGUACGGGGAGGAGGGCGAGUACGGCCGGGAGCCGACGGGCGGGCCCACCGGCAGCCGGUCGGUGCCGGAGAAGGAGCUGCAGCACGGAGGAGGCCGCCAGCGUCACCAGCCGGCCACCAAGAAGCCGGACUACAGCAGACGGUAACGCAAGCCGGUAGCGGAGGGGAAAACGUCCCUGCCACCAUUGCCGUGGUUCCCUUGUCCUCCUCCCCCACUAGCAUCCGGGAUUUAACACACUUUCAGCUUUCACACACACACACGCUCCUCAGCAGGACGCAAAAGGACGGUGCAAACGUUUUUUUUUCUCUCUUCUGAAGAUUUGCAGAAUUUUUGGUGGACUCUUUUUCUCUUCCCCGUAGGUCUCUUCUGCCCAGGUCAACGAACUCCGGUCCAGAAUUGCUCAAUGGUUAGACAAGUGUUGGGAGGGGAGGGGCUCUAAAUGUCCCUUGUUUCAUUGCAAAAAUUUUGAUUCCAUUUCAUUGCAUUCCCGGGGCGGCAAAGUUUCUUCCCACUUUCUAGGCUCUAGGCACCGGCGUAGAAGACAUCCGGCGCACUCCAACCGGCACUGGCGAUGAAAGGGAUGGCGUUGUGGCGAUAUUAAGUGUCCAAUAAAGAGGAUGAUACCUCUCUCACUUUCAACCGAAACACUUUACGCUGAAGGGCGCAAAGGCUUCGAGCGAUCGAA